UAUCACUUUUUCCUUUUCAAGUCCCGCCCUUCAGGCUGCCCCAAAGGGGAGGAAUCAGUUACCUCAAAGAAACCGGCAAAAACGCCUACGUGGAAUUCAGAGGAGCGGAAGUAGUCAGAUUUCACUCCGAGCCGUAAAGCGCGGCUCGCCUGCUCUCCUUCCGGAGAACGACAACCGCUCUGAUUCCUAGUGCCGGCCUUCCUCGUGUGAGGGGAUCUGCCGGACCUUUGCUAAUUCAAUUUCUUUCCCUUUCCGGGCCCUUCCCCAUCGUCGCCCCCUUCACCUUGGAUCAUGUUCAAGAAGCUAUUCAGUGUAAGGAAGACAAAAUUCCCCGAGAUCCUACAUUGUGGUUUGCCUUCCAGAUUUGGUAGAAGCAAAAAACCAAAGGGGGAACAUGGGCAAAGGAAGAUUUGAUGAAAAAGAAAAUGUGUCCAACUGCAUCCAGUUGAAAACCUCAGUUAUUAAGGGUAUUAAGAAUCAGUUGAUGGAGCAAUUUCCAGGUAUUGAACCAUGGCUUAAUCAAAUCAUGCCUAAGAAAGAUCCUGUCAAAAUUGUCCGAUGCCACGAACAUAUAGAAAUCCUUACAGUAAAUGGAGAAUUACUAUUUUUUAGACAAAGAGAAGGGCCUUUUUAUCCAACUCUCAGGUUACUUCACAAAUAUCCUUUUAUCCUGCCACACCAGCAGGUUGAUAAAGGAGCCAUCAAAUUUGUACUCAGUGGAGCAAAUAUCAUGUGCCCAGGCUUAACUUCUCCAGGAGCCAAGCUUUAUCCUGCUGCAGUAGAUACCAUUGUUGCAAUCAUGGCAGAAGGUAAACAGCAUGCUCUAUGUGUUGGAGUCAUGAAGAUGUCUGCAGAAGAUAUUGAAAAAGUCAACAAAGGAAUUGGGAUUGAAAAUAUUCAUUAUUUAAAUGAUGGGCUCUGGCACAUGAAGACGUAUAAAUGAGCCUCAGAAGGAAUGUACAUGGGCAAACUAUGGAUAUCGUGCUCUAUAUGUGUUUGUAUUUGUGUGUGGCAGCAUG